AUGGCUUUUGCCUCCCCAGGGUUCGGAGGACCUCCCUGGGCCCAGGGCCGCCGGCCCUUCCCUCCAAUCCCCAGGGCUCUGGAGCUCUCUCUGCCCACAGCUUCCCGUGGCCUUGGUGCCCCUCCGCUGUCCUUUCAUUCUUUAACUAUGAGCCUGUGGCUCACCCCCCGGGCUACCCACUACCCAGUCUUCACCCUGCUGGCGCUCCUGGCUCUGUCCCUGCUGCCCUGCCUCUCCAUGGCUCCGGCCCACAGUGUCAACCUACUGAGCAGCCUGCCGGGGCCAGCCUGGGCCCUCUGCUUCACUGUCUGCAGGUACACCUGCGAGACACUCAACUGCCAAGAGCAGGCCUCUGUGGACCAGCUGAUAACUCAGUGGACCGGCAGGGGCGGGCGGUGUGCCAGACCCUGCCUAGUGCCCAGUGCUGUGGCACAGACUGGCAGACCCGGGGCCAGGUGCAGUGCUGGCUGGAGGGUGUUUGCUGUGUCCAGGCCCAGCUGGCAGUGGUCGGUGGUGGCCGAGGUCUUCUCCCUCAACCUCUUCGUUGGGCUCUUCUCCCUGACUGCCAGCUUCCACUGUGCAAAUAGUGCCCCCCAGAGGAGUAAGGUUGCGCAUUGGGGUGCGCUGUGCUGUGGCCUGGGCCUGUGUAACCAGCACACUCUGGUGUUGUACGUGGUGGUCAUCAUUCCCAGGGUCAUGCUCCACCUCUGCUCUCACAGAGAGCUAUCUGUCUGUGGGCUGAUGUCUCUGGGACUGUGUUUCCUGCCUGUCUCCUACCUGGACACAGCUCGCUGGAGCUGGGGAGGCCAGACUUCCCUCUCAGGCCUCCUCACUCACCUACAGAGGACUGGGUACGGCACCUUUAGCCUACCCGGCCCCACCCACUUCCAUCACCCCCGCUGGUUGAUGGACAAACAUACCUUCAAGACGAGGGAGAGAGGCAAACAUGACAAGCAUGUCACAUUGGGGACGAUGCAGGGUGUUGUUCCCUGGCUUCUGACGGCCAUGCUGCCACUCUACUCCCUGUUCUUCACCUGGAGAGCCAACCUGGACACCAGCAGACCCCUACUGCUGGUAGUGGUGGAGCGGUUCUGGCUUCAGAGUGAUGCUGUGGUGUGUGUGCUGGCUGGGCUGGGCCUGAGUUGGACACACACAGGCCUGGAGAGGAGGCUAGGCCAUGGGGGUCUGUGGAGGGCCGGAGGCUGGCUCUUCACUAUAGGUCUCCUGGUACACAUGGUGCGCUCCAACCAUCGGGAGUGUGAUCAGAGCAGUAACAGUGUGGUGGAGCAGUUUGAGCGGGAGCUUCUGGUCUCUGUCCCUCCAGACUCUAUCAUCCUGACCCGGGGAGACCUCCCAGGGAACUCCCUGCGCUACUGCCAGGGUCUCUGGCCUGACGUACGCCUCGUUGACCAGGAGAUGAUGACAUACAGCUGGUACGUGGCCAAGCUGGGCCAGCAUCACCCUGGGGUUCACUUCCCAGGGCGCUGGUGGGACCCGGUCCACACUGAGGAGAAAGACACCUUCAGUCUGGAGCAGUUCCUCUCUCACAACACACAGGGGGCUGUGCUGGCCUGCAUCGGGCUGCCUGACCGGGACCCCAGCUGGGAGAGGAGCUUUUCUCACUGGCUCCUGGGUGUGUGUGACCACCUGGUGCCUGCCCAGGAGCCCUUCCACCCGGAGGAGUGGACCCGCCACACCCUCCACAUCUGGACCGAGCCACACAACAGGAUGAAGACGGCUUUCUUUCUGUUUGACCUGGCUGAGAGGAUCCAGGGAGAGGAGAAAACUCGCCUGUUUGAGCUCUCCUACACAGAGAGUCAGUCCUCCCAUAGCAAACAAAUAGGACUGUGUAAGGAAAUUGUGGAGAGACGCACGGGCUACACUCCCAACCGGGAUAAGAACCUGGCCCUGGCCAGCGAGAGGCUCCUGCAGCAUCCAGCACUUCAGCCUGUACCUGGACAAGGAGCCCACGGACUCCCAGGCCCCCGGGGUGCUGGCCUGCACUGUGUCAGUGUGUCCCACCUCCCCACCCCUUGCUGGCCUGCGCUGUGUCAGUGUGCCCCCCCCUUGCUGGCCUGCGCUGUGUCAGUGUGCCCCUCCUUGCUGGCCUGCGCUGUGUCAGUGUGCCCCUCCUUGCUGGUCUGCUCUGUGUCAGUGUGCCCCUCCUUGCUGGUCUGCUCUGUGUCAGUGUGCCACUAA